GACAGGAGGAUAAUUAUAUGACGCAUAUAUAUAACAAUAAAAGUGGAAACUCGAUACACUAAAUACGUUUUCAUUAAAUAUAAAAUAAAAUCGCUGGUUCAUUUUCACUGCAAAUCCUUAUUUUGGGUAGGAAUAUUUGAUUUAUGUAACGUUUGUUAAGGCAUUUCGGUGGAUAUAUCAUAUACAACCCAGUGAAGGACGUAGAUUUUACAACUCUGUCUGCUAAUAUGACAAUGGAUAAAGGUGGUAUGUUCGACGCGGAGGAAGGACCACCAGCGGGCCAGCAUGAUGGACCACCUUGUAUGCCACCUCCUAGUGUUACAGGACCUCCGCCACCAGGGACUUAUUGUAUUGCUGCGGAGCGAUUGUGGAAAAUAGUGCCUCCAAUUAUCAUUUCAAUUGGAACAGUUGGUAACAUAUUGACUGUAAUCAUUUUACUGCGGUAUAUGAGAAAAAUAUCAUCAACUGCAGUGUUUCUUUUGACGUUGGCGAUUUCGGACACAUUGUUCCUAUUAAAUACUCCAUUAAGAAGAUGGAUAAUUGUAAUAUGGGAUAAAGAUGUAAGAUAUAUUAGUGAAUUAGGAUGUAAGUUUUCUGUGUACCUUACAUAUUCGAGUCUUCAAUUAUCCUCUUGGAUUCUAGUUGCAGUAACUGUGGAGCGAUUUAUCUGCGUCGUGUGGCCGCACAGAGUGAGGUUGGGAUGUUCUCGAAAGUCUGCAACAGGUGUUGUGGCAGUUCUAAUUCUUAUCAUUUUCGGAUCAAACACGCAUAUUUUCUAUGGAUUUGGAAGAUCCGAUUUGCCUAUAUUUAACAAUCAAGGUCUAUGUGCGCCACUUUACGAAGGUUACCACACAUUUUGGUCGAAAAUAUAUACAUGGAUUGACUUUGCAGUCGUUUUUCUUGUGCCUUUUGUGGUUCUACUUGUUGCAAAUACAACCAUCAUCUAUAAACUACGUAAAUCCCAGAACCAAAGGAGAAAACUAAGCAUAAUCAAGAGGGAAGGGCAUAGGAAUAAGGCGAGCGACACAAGGACGGUUACAAUAAUGCUGAUAGGUUUGAGUGUUGUGUUUUUCAUAUCCCUUACACCGGUGUCCAUCUAUUACAUAUAUAGACCUUACUGGCUCGAGUCAUGAUAAAUGGCAGUGCAUUGAUAUAUACAAUACAUACGAUUGAAGGAACUGCAAGAGUUCGUAUCCGCGGUUACUAACCUUAUUGGUUAUAUCAACUCAGCUUUCAAUUUUGUUCUUUAUACAAUGAGUGGAUCAAAAUAUCGCGCUGAACUGAAAGCAUUUCUUCUGUGUCGACCUGGAGGAAAGGAGGGCUUAUUUGGAAGCAGUGGUUCAGGAGUCCGGCGUCAAGGAACAACAUCAACUUUAGCGUCAAUAAGCAGACAAUCUUCGAGGACGGGUAUUGACAACAAUGAGGCAAAUGUAGUGAAUCUUGAUCCUGCUGGGCAGACAAAACAAAACAGCAUCAAAGCAAGUGUUGGUGAUACUUAUGAAAGAGAUGAAGAUACGCUAAAUAAGAAACCGGUCUGCCCGGACUAUAGUGAGGAACUUGAUAACAAUGCCAAUACCGAAAGUAUAAGACUAUAAGGGAUCAAAAACAGCUGUAAACUAUACUGUUAUAAUACUUUUACUGUACAGUACACAUGUAUAAUAAUAGAAGGGCCGUCGGAGGUUGUAGCAUGCAGAAUAAAACACGUUUGAAUAUAAUCAUUUGCAGUAAGCAGUUUGACAUAUGAUGUGCUUGCUGAAUCUUUAUCAAUUGUAAUUACUAUAAUUUCAUUUUUUCUUGUACAAUACUUUAAAAAUGCAAAUGUUAUUUAAAACUCUAUGAAUGGAAUGCAAACUCGAUCGUUCAAACAGCCAAUCAAAAGAUUGUGAAUAAAAAAUGUAGCUAGUUCGA